AUGGAGGACGACCGGAAAAAUACCCCAAACUCCGGUGAGACCUUGCCUGAGACGGCUUCAUCAUCCUCGGACUUUGAAUUUGGAUCGUUGACUCCUUCUUCGCCAUCACACUCGGAAAAUUCUCCCGCCGAUCACCUUUUUCUCAACGGCCGUCUACUGCCGCACACUUUUCCGACGACCCGUUCGGUGUCAAGUUCGACCAGCGACAACACUUUCCGUAGCAGCAGUACAAGUAGCCGGGGCAGUGAAAGUAGCAGCCCAACGUCUUACACUCCAAGAACAAGCACUUGCAAUGUCUUCAAGAUCACGAGUUCAAAUAUCAGUGACGGAGAAGAGACUAAUUCAACCUGCUUUGGUCCCCGAUCCAAGAAAGUCAUGGAUCUAAGCCAUCAUUGCAGCAGCAAGGUAUAUAAUCACAAUCAUCACAAGCCAUCAUCGUUGAUAUUGGAUAUAAAGAAGAAACCAACGAUGAACAAUGGUAAAACGGUAAGUACUACGACGGCUAAGAAGAUUUCGUAUUUGCCGACGCAAUGCAAGAGGAAGAAAGCUACGGAGAUCGUGACAGCGCAGCUUUACGGGUCGUAUUCAAGGCGGUGGCAGCAUAUAACUCCAGUGUAUAAAAAAAGAGAAGGGUCGGUGAAAAGUAACGGAGGAGGGAUUAAGGUCGGUGGACGGAAGAAGAAGGCGGUGAGAAGGAAGAAGAAAAAGGCGGAGGAGAGAAGAGGAAGUAAGUUGAUGAAGUGGUGGAAGCGGAUUUUAAAGGCGGUGGUGUUGGCUUGCAGAGAGUGUCAUGCAAUGGAGCCUCAGAGAGUUGUGAAUGAUAAAGAUAAUCCUCUUUAUUUGGACGAUGAGAGAAAGGCAUAUGGCAAGCAAGCAAGUUUUGGAGUAGGAGUUGUGGUGCAAUCAUCGGUCGUUGGCUCGUCCAGGACGAGAUUUGUGAUACUUGUGAGACAAGGGAAGUUACUACUGAAGAGGAGAGUAGCCCAAGAUCACGAAACUGAAUUUGUGAUACUUGUGAGACAAGGGAGGUUACCACCUUAG